AGAGAGCGCUUUGCUAGUCAUGUGCUAUGAAAGCUGUGCAAUAGGGAGGGUCACAGUAACGGAGGUAGACAGAGAGCAUAAGAGAGUACAGUCAAUAAGUGAGAGAGAGGGACAGAGAAAGAUGAAUGUGUCUCAGCAGUUUCUCUGUAUUCACUGGCACAUGAGCAGACCUGGGAUAUAGUCAAGAGUGUGCAGAGUUGUGUAGAGGCAGACUUGCUGAGGGGGCAGAAGAGUUCCAGCGGGAUGCAUUAAAUCUUCACACCACACUUCUAAUCAUCCAUCCUGAUCUCACCACACACACACACACACACACCCUGUUUUCGGUUCCACCACGUGCUCCUCUGCACCCAGGGAGUGAGUCUCCAGCACUCGCUGCCCACGUACAACACCUCUCCAGGGGACGGUUUCCAACCAGCAAGCCCCUUUCUUUCUCCAGUCUCGCACAGACUGACAACAACAAGCAGAGAAGUUUGCCGUCUAGUGCAGCUUCAGGAGCAAGAUGACAGAGCCCACCUUCAAAAAACAAGGAUUCAAAAAGUGCCGGAGUGCCACAUUCAGCAUUGAUGGGUUCAGCUUCACCAUUGUGGCAAAUGAAACAGGGGAGAGCCACCCCAGGCCCCUGGCCCGCUUUGCACGUGAGCUCCAAGUCCCAGAAUGCCUUGUGGAACGCUAUAACAGCAGGCAUCGGGAUCAGAGACAAAGACAAAAGAGGGAUCUUAAUCGAUCCACGUAGUCCUGAGGAGAUCCUUGCUGAUGAGCUACCUGCUGUAGACAGCCCUGAUGCCAUGGAGAAGACUGCCAUCAGAUUGCGAUGUCUUGUAAAACAACUGGAGCGGGGCGAGGCCUCUGUCGUGGACCUGAAGAAAAACUUGGAGUAUGCAGCAUCUGUAUUGGAGUCGGUGUAUAUUGAGGAGACACGGCGACUGGUGGAUACAGAGGAUGAGCUCAGUGACAUCCAGUCAGACUCGGUGCCCUCAGAGGUGCGGGACUGGCUGGCCUCUACUUUCACGCGGCAGAUGGGGCUGAUGCUGAGACGGUCGGAGGAGAAGCCACGUUUUCGCAGCAUUGUCCAUGCAGUGCAGGCUGGAAUAUUUGUGGAGAGGAUGUACCGCCGGACAUCCAACAUGGUGGGAUUAAGCUAUCCACCCAGCGUCAUCACAGUACUGAAGCACGUGGACACGUGGUCAUUUGAUGUGUUUGCGCUGAAUGAUGCAAGUGGAGACCAUGCACUGAAAUUCAUAUUUUAUGAACUUCUCACCCGAUAUGACUUAAUCAAUCGUUUCAAGAUCCCCAUUUCUGCAUUGGUGUCAUUUGUGGAGGCUUUGGAAGUGGGCUACAGCAAACACAAAAACCCCUACCAUAACCUCAUUCAUGCUGCGGAUGUCACUCAGACUGUACACUACCUUCUGCUGAAAUCUGGCAUGGUGCACUGGCUAACAGAGUUAGAAAUCUUCGCAAUGAUAUUUGCAGCAGCAGUACAUGAUUAUGAACACACUGGGACCACUAACAAUUUCCACAUACAAACCAGAUCAGAUGCAGCCAUAUUGUACAAUGACCGUGCAGUGCAGGAGAACCACCAUGUGAGUGCUGCUUAUCGACUCCUACAGGAUGAUGAUGAGAUGAACAUCCUCUUUAACUUAUCAAAGGAUGACUGGAGAGAGUUACGGGCCCUCGUGGUAGAGAUGGUUUUGGCCACAGAUAUGUCCUGUCACUUCCAGCAGAUCAAGGCCAUGAAAAACUUCCUCCAGCAACCAGAGGCGAUUGACAAACCAAAGGCCUUAUCCCUAUUACUGCACACUGCAGACAUCAGCCAUCCCGCCAAAAGAUGGGAGCUACACCAUCACUGGACUACCUCUCUGCUGGAGGAGUUCUUCAGGCAGGGUGAUAAAGAAGCAGAUUUGGGCCUGGCCUUCUCUCCUCUCUGUGACCGUAAGUCCACUAUGGUGGCCCAGUCUCAGAUCGGCUUCAUCGAUUUCAUCGUGGAGCCCACCUUCACCGUUCUUACAGAUAUGAUUGAGAAAAUAGUGACACCGCUCAUUGAUGAGGCAUCGCGCUCGGGGCUGGCUGGCUUUAGACGCUCGAGCUUGAAUAACAUCCCAUCAGAUGGCAAGCGUCCCACUGUGAAGAGCACAGGCUCAGAGGGCAGCACCUCCCUUCUUAGUGUCGACUUCAAGAACUUCAAGGCAACCUGGAAUGAGGAGGUGCAGCAGAACAGAGAGAAGUGGAAAGCUCAGGCAGCCAAAGACCUAGAGGAGAAGGCCAAGAAGGAGGCAGAAGAGAAAGCCAAGCAGGAAGAGGCUGAAGGAAAACAGAACAGUGAGGAACAUGCAGACACAGAGAAAACAGACACAGCACAGGACAAAGACAAGACUGAGAAGGAAGCAAAAGACACAUCACCUGCUGAACGAGACAAAGACAGCAAAUUGGAGCCAAUGAACUCCACCAAGGCUAAAGCAGACAAGAAGGAGCCCACAGAGAAGCAGCCCAAAGAGGCAGAGGGCAAUAAGGACCCAGGGGGGGCAAAUGGAACUAAAGCAGGACCUAUUAAUGAAGGGGAGCCUGACACCAGCAGUGAUACAGACAAUAGCCAGCAAGUUCAAAAUGGGGAGGUGCCAGAGGAGCUGGACUCACCUGACAGUGAUGACAGUGAUACAAAGAGCUCUGACGAUGCCGAUGAGGAGCAUAGCAGUCAUGAAAGCUCAUCCACCUCUCUAGCAGCCAGUGCUGCUGCUGCAGCCGCCUCAGCGCCUGAUGCACACUAACCACUCUUUAAUUUCCCAACAAGGACUCCGACAUCUGAGCAAGCCUGCACCAUGGCUCCAUCUGGUGGCCACAAUGAUGCUUUUGGAAUGCAUUUUUCCUCUUUUUUCCUUCCUUUUGGGAUUUCAUUUGCAACAGGACUUUCUGUUUUGUUUUCUUCUUCUUUGUUUUGUUUUUUUUUUGUUUUGUUUGGUUUUUUGGUGUUGCCUAAUUCUUCCUUGCUUUUACCAAUGUGUCUUUAUGGCUUCGUGUUGGGCCUGGCAUUGCGAUGAGACUUGAAAGGGACACAGCAUGAAGACCUUUUCAUACUGUUAACCCAGUGCAGGGUCAUGUUAGCCAGCGUGUGUUGCCAUAGAUGCAGGGAAAGUCUGUUAGUGCUGAAGCCAGAAGGGAGCAUAUGGCAGCCUGGCCAUUAUGGUUUCCUCCCCAGCUGAGCUCUCCCUGGAGAUGAUACACACACAGCCCACUGCCCAGCCUUCAGCUCUAUAGCUGCAUGUGCUCCAGAGUUCUAUAGACACUGGCCAGAGAAUGGGAACAGACAGAGAGCCUGGAACAGACACACAGCCAGCUCAACUGGGCUUCACUCCCCACUGUAAGCCUCUUUCCAAGGCAGAACCCACAGCUGAAUGUUAAUAUUCGUGUGGAAGAACAAUUUGAAAAUGUCUGUUUUAUUAUUAUUAUUAUUAUUGUUAUUAUUAUUGUAAUUAUUAUUAUUUGUACUGAACUACUGAGUUUAUAUGCAUUGAGAUCUGUAUAUAUGCUGGUCAAGACUUCACUAGUUUACAUUUAACAUUUGACAGUUUUCUUUUUUUGUGAUUUUCUGAGGGGACAUUUGGUCAUCUGAAGAAUCAUGCAACAUUGCCUAUAAAAUUCCAUUAUAGAACAUUCAUUUUUAUUUUGCUCUAACUGUAAUAAGCUCAGUUUGUAAUACUCAAAAUGUGUAAACUUGACAGAUGUCAUUCACUUGACAUUAUACUUCUAUUUUGCCAAAAUAAUCUAGACAGGUGGUACAAUCUAUAUUGCUGUGAACGUAAGUUGACUAGAGCGAGAUAUUUUAAUAUAUUCAGCAGGGCAAUCUGACCUCAAAAUAUAAUGACCGAACUUGUGGCCAUGUGUAAAUGUCUCUAGUAUAGUAGGCUACAUUGAAUAAUGCUGUACAAGCUGCAAUGCCUAUAAUCUUUUGCUCCACCCCUAGCUGUUAUAAUUUUCCGUUGAUCAGGACUUGUAAUAUAAUAGAUGUACUUUCUGAUUUGAACAGUCAAUUGUAUUUUUGAACAUUCUGUAUGUAUUUAAUGUAUAUAGAGAGGGAAAUAUUAUUUAUAAACAACUGUGUACAGGUAUAGUCAUCAUUUUGAACAUUGCAAUCAACAAUGAACAUUAUGCUUUUUAUGCCAUGGAUGGUUUGCAUCAUUGCAAAUUCAUUCUCUUUCACCAGGUAUGUUUGAUUUAAUUGGGAUUUGGGAGGGAUACAACUUUCUUCAUUAUUUUCAUAUGCUUGGAGAUGCUUCUCCAAUCUUCUUCAGACUGUUUUAUUAUGUUACUAUGACGCAAUUAAUCAAAUCCUUCAGCACAUGAGCCACCAACACGUCUAUUCUUUUACACCCAAGCCAUAACGGUUGAGUUUAUUUUGUUUUCUCUUUCUAAAUACCAUACUGACAAAUGAAUGCAAUGAGGAUAGUGUCUAUUAGGAACAAGCUAAAAUUGUAUGUACUAAAGGUGACUGUAAUUCAAAGCACAUACUAAGGGUGCUGGGUAUUAAGAUGUAAGUAAAGUGGAGAAGUACCAGAAUUAAUGGGGGACUGUCUAAUCUAAAAAAGUCAAUAUUUUAAAAGAUACACCUGGCCAGCAGAAAUGCCAUACAUACCAUAUAUGCUGUAAAUGAGUUUCUUUCUUUUCAUUUCUUUUCUUUUCUUAGUGGGAUAUUUUGAAUAGCUAACAAAAUCACUGUGUGAAAUAUUGUUGCCUUGACCAAAGAGAUAGAUUGUUAUUUUGAUUAUUUAAUUGUUCCCAAACUAGCACAAACCGUGAUAGAAGAUGAAUCAGAGGAGUCAUGACAUACUGUGCGAGUCUUUAUUUUUAUGAAGGUUUAUUAUGCUUAAAAAUAAUUGUUGCCUUAAAUCUAUCAUUUUAUUGCACCACUGACAUGUGAUACUUCUGGACCUCGGUGUAGUAUUUGGUGUUUCUUUUCAGUUCCUCUUGAAGAGAAGUCCUUCAAUAGAAUGUUUACUGGUUGUUAGACUCAUUUCUAUGCCAGUCACCCUUUGUAUUUAUUGUGUGUUAUGAGUACAAAUAUUCUGCUUAUUUUCUAUCUGUGUGCUCAGUGAUUAGCCAUGUUAAAUCAGAUUAGCAGGUGACCAUGCAUCAGAGCAGCCAUUGUUAUCAAGCUUUUUUUCUGUCUGUGAUGGUCUAUAAUGUGGUCAAAUCUAAAUGUAAGCUUUGUAGUGAACACACAUCUAAUUGCUCUUGGCCCAUUGAUAGUUCUGCUGAUAUUAAAUGUGAGCGAAAUCAUUUUUCCUCAUAUCCUGUCACCAGCAAAGUUAAACAGUUGAAGCAGAGCUGGGUAUCAUUUUGAAUUGGUGACAUUCAUGCUCAGUGUUGUUGCUGUAAUUGAAUGGCUAAUACGACCUCUCUGUUUCUCUUGACUCUAACGCUCAUUUUAGAGCAGAAUUACAUUGAGUGGAGUGAUGAGUGCAGCACAGCUAGGCUUGUGUUCACUGGAAAGCAUGUGAAGCAUGUUUCUGUUUGCUUACAAACCACUCGGGCCACCAGGGAUCAGUUACAGUAAGCAGUGUCAGUUAAAUAUUCAAGAAGAAAUGUUUGCCUUAAUGAAUUUCUGUUCUUAGUUAUGCUUUGUACUAGCAAACUGCCAGAUGUUUAGGACAAAUUUUAAUUUCAUAUGUAUGUUACAUGUCUGUCAACUGCUUUGUUUUCGUCAUAGCUCUGUUUUCCUCUUUAGGCAUAAGAGCAAAUUCUCUCAAACUGAAAAAGGGAAUUGAUCUGAACUCAGCUUAGUGUCAAAAAUGAAGGGUGGCCUCAAAUAAAUAAAGAAUAUCAAGGUCAGAUUUGUUUAAUUAACAUAAUAUUUUAUAGCUCAGGACCAUAAACCGUAAGUUGUCUUGUGUACUGCGAUGUUAGACAUCAUAAAUUUGUUCCUUGAUAUUCCUGCCUAACUACAUUUGUUUUUCAUAUUCAUUUGUUCUUUUUUUUACUGUUUUGUGCACUCUUCCCAAGAUUUUAUGAUAUACAAUUAUGCAUUUAUGUGUGUCUUUGUGAGUUUAACACCUAGCCAUACAUUUAUACUCUGUUCAAUCCCUUUCUUUUGUUAUUAAGGGAGGAAAAUGAUCACAAACCAAGAGAGGCGUGGUGGUGUGAUCAUGUUUGUUCCGAUGCUCCAUUAUUGCACUGUUGUGACAAUAAAUCUGAACUCAAAGGGCUCAGA